CAAGCCCUGAGCCAGCGCCGCAAAUGAACCGGAACCCUUCUUAGAACAUCAUGCACCACCACGCCCCAGGCUCAUCCCCCCGACUCUUUCAUCCGCCUUGCUACCCGUCCUUCUCCCCUUCGCUCCACUCCCCAUCGCCAUCGCCAUCGCCAUCACCCAUCGCGAGCCCAUGCACGAGACUGCCAUCACGGCCGCGGCCCCUUAACCUCCACGUUUGCCGUUGGCCCAGCCACAAGACCUUGGGCAGGCGCGCCGACAAUACGCAACGCUGACUGACAAUAAAAUCCCUGGGCCCGCCCACGAACCACGAACCACGCCAUCAACCCAACACUCCGCCAUCGCAGAGCGCCUUUUCCCGCAACACCAUCAUCGUCGCCCGCUGCGACAUCUGCCAAAAUGCCGGCUCCCACGCCAAAGACCAAGACAGUCAUCCUCAAGCUGUCUCCGGACAGCCUGCUGAGUUUCCCCCAUGAGCCAGUCUCAUCACGAAAGCCAUCACAGUCGCGCUCAAAGUCGACUUCCUCAUCGGAAACACCCAUUCCGGCCGCCGUCGAGCCACCGACGCCCUCCGAGAACCCGUCCGAGUCCGCUGCCACGCCCGUCGUCAACGGCUCGAGCACACCAUCGAGCACGCUGGCACCGCCAGCUGCCGGGUCCAAGCGAAAAGGGAUCCCCGGCCCAAAGCCAGGGACCAAGAGGGGUGCGGCAGCCCUCACUCCAGAUGGCCUCCCUCGCCCGCGAGGCAAGCCAGGCCCGAAAAAGAAACAGAAACUAGGCGAUAUGAUCAACGACCCACUCGCCAAAGGCCCCUUCGCCGCUUCCGCACCUGCCCAGAAGCUCGGCCCAAAGGCCAACCAAGGCGCCAUCAACGCGGGUCUCCGUGCCCUCGACCGGACUGGAAAACCUUGCAGGAAGUGGGAGAAGAAGGUGUUCUCAGUCAAAAGCUUUACUGGUGUCCAUUGGACGGUCCCCAGCUGGCGAGCACCCAAGCGAUCUGCUGUCUUUGCCGAAGACGUCAAGAGCGACACGACAGGAUCAAGCGACAGCAAGGUCAAGGACGAGAGUAGCGCAAUCAGCGAGAAGAGCACUAGCAAUGUCGAUGGCGAUGCUACGCCCAUGGCUCCGCCGCCGGUCAACGGCUUAAUGAGCUCACCCCCUCCUGUCGCUGCCGCUUCGUAGGCGUGCUUCCACUAUUCUACAUAGUAUAGCUGCUUCCGAUGCCUUCUCAAGCAUUGACACUCACCGCCACACCGUCACACCGCC